UCUUAUGUUAUGCUAAUGCUAUCUUUGCUAUGGUGGGUGAUGAUAUAAAACUUUGAGUCAGAAACUAUGAAACAAACUGACACAAAUUUCUCUUAUUAACAGAAUCAAAAAAGUGAAACUGUCACCUUUAAUUUUACAACCACGUGUCAGCAUGUUUUGUCCUAGAUGACAUUUAUAAAACUAGAUCAAGCCUUCCUGUAAUGAGACAGGGAAUUGUGACUGUCAGGUUAAUGAGCAACUAUAGCAACCUUUGUUCACACUAGCAUUUAUGUAUGAAGUAUGAAGGUUUUCAGGAACAGUAAUACUUUGUGAAAAGAGAUACAUAGACACAGGCUGAGGCGUUGAAGAUACAGCUGGAUGGUUAGGAAUCAAUACGGCUAAUGAUCAUCUGUACCCUUACUGGGUCGCACCGAAAUGGCCAUGGUUAAGGAGAAGGCUUCAGAUAUUCUGGCAGAGCAGAACAGUCCUUUGCUACAGGACCAGGAGAUCAUGCCCUUCACCAGCUAUCCCAGCAUGCAGUACACCUCGGUGGAGCCCUCCAUGUCAUCACCAUCAUACUACUCCAGUCAGAAUUGCUACCCACAGUACAGUGGGGAGGAGUGGUACUCUCCAUCCACCGUGUUUGAGAUGAGGAAAGGACCGUUGGAGGGUGGCUUUGAUAAUGAGCUGGAUGAGUCUUGCCCUGUUGUCCCAACUGUGUGUAAAAGGUCCAGACACACAGCCCACCCUGGAAGGAGCAAAGGCGAAGAACUGUGUGUGGUCUGUGGAGAUAAAGCAUCAGGGUAUCACUACAAUGCGCUCACAUGUGAAGGAUGUAAAGGUUUCUUCAGAAGAAGUAUCACAAAGAAUGCUGUAUAUAAAUGCAAGAGUGGAGGAAACUGUGAGAUGGACAUGUACAUGCGCAGGAAAUGCCAAGAGUGUCGACUCAGGAUGUGCAAAGAGAUGGGCAUGCUGGCAGAGUGCUUGUUAACCGAAAUCCAGUGCAAAUCCAAAAGGCUGAGGAAAAACACAAAGGCCUCAUCUGAUGAAAGUACAGGGGAUGAUGUUGGUGACAGUAAAGAUGCUAAACAAGUUGUAUCUACCACUAAACCCUCCAAGGAGAAUAUAGAACUGAGCCAAGACCAGCAGGCUUUAAUACGUUAUAUAGUUGACGCUCACAACAAACAUCGCAUUCCUCAGGAUAUGGCGAGAAAACUGCUACAAGAGCAAUUUAACGCAGAAGAAAACUUCCUUCUACUAACUGAAAUGGCUACUAGUCACAUUCAGGUGCUGGUUGAGUUCACAAAAAAUAUACCAGGUUUUCAAUCUCUGGAUCAUGAAGAUCAGAUCGCUUUAUUAAAAGGUUCUGCCAUAGAGGCAAUGUUUCUGCGGUCAGCCCAGGUCUUCUCCAAGAAGCUGCCCAACGGACACACAGAGGUACUAGAAGACAGGAUCAGAAGGAGUGGGAUAUCUGAAGAGUUUAUCACACCUAUGUUUAACUUCUAUAAAAGCAUUGGGGAGCUGCAGAUGAUGCAAGAGGAACAUGCUCUCCUCACUGCUAUCACAAUCCUCUCACCAGACAGACCAUAUGUAAAGGACCAGCAGGCAGUAGAGCGUCUGCAGGAGCCCAUGUUGGAGGUGCUGAGGAAGGUCUGUAAACUACAGCAUCCCCACGAACCCCAGCACUUUGCACAGCUUCUCGGUCGUCUGACUGAGCUUCGCACCCUCAACCACCACCAUGACGAAAUGCUGGAGUCAUGGCGCAUGAGCGACCACAAGUUCACCCCCCUCCUGUGUGAGAUCUGGGACGUUCAGUGACUUUGUGGAAGAGAAAACGUACAAAAAAUGGGCAAGUGAAGGAGAAAUGCCAGAGACUUUUACUAAGCUGCCAAAGAGAGGAGUUUACACACUUUUCAGAGAAGUGGACUGUUAAAGUAUGUAAUUUAAACAUAAUAUAUUGUCAAACUUCACGUAAAACAGGAAAUAAGAAGAUUUUUAGACAUUAUCAGCUCUUCAAGAAAGGAUUGAUGUACACAUUUUGAUAUUGUAAUGCCUUUGUAAAUGUUUACCUGGCCUUUGCUACUUGGCACCUUUUUUUAAAAUCUGCUUUCCUUCAUCUGAGGAUUUUGUGGCUUUUUA